AUGGAAAACCCCAGUGCAUUGCCUAUAAAGCUUCAGCCUUCAAAUCUAAGACCUAUAGCUUAUAGGAUCUUGUCGAAAAAACAUGGUUUAAAUAUUCAAACCGACGCAUUGAAAUUACUAACAGAUGCCGUUAGUUACAAGUUUGGAUUUGAUUGGAAAAGCACACAAUCUCAACAGUUUCUAGAAGAAAUAGCCAAAAUAUGGAAGAAGCAAGAUAGGGGUAUAUUCAUUGAUGGACCAGGAUUGAAACAAGUAAUCAAAGAACUUUCAGAUAGGAAUACCAACCAGAUAUCCACUAGAAAUGGUUCUGCUGACAACUUAGCGAAGAAGGCCGAAAGAUCAGAUACGUUGGUUGACAAUGAUGCAGAGAAUGAACCUGUAAAUAAUGCAGAAAAUACAUUGAAUUGGCAAGAUUAUUUCAAAGUAAUUAAUCCUGAUGAACAGCCUAAUUAUAAAUACGACAAGCAUAGAAAACAACUUAGUUUUAUUCCCAGUACAAAUGCUAAGAGGUUAGCAAAUAAUCUUAAUUCGAAUGUUGAUUAUUUCAACAAUAGAUAUCAUUUAAUAUCCGAUAGGUUAUCAAGAAAUGAAAAUUUCCAAAAGCCAUCGUUUUCUAGUAUUUCCUCCAUUAGCAAAUCCUUAAGUCAUAAUAAUAAAACCAAUGAAAUCACUUUAAUUAAGAACGUGCUUGGUAGAGAUGGAUCAAAAUUCAUCUUGUUUGGUUUACUAUCAAAGAAUGCUAACGACGAUUUUAUCUUGGAGGAUUCUACGGAUCAUAUUGAGUUAAACUUAACCCAAGCUUACAAAACCGAAGGAUCAUUCUAUUGUCCCGGUAUGUUUGUCAUUGUAGAAGGUAUUUAUUCGGCUUCAGGGGGUUCCAUGUCCAAUGCGAACGUUAUUGGUGGAUGUUUUCAUGUCAGUAACAUUGGUCAUCCACCGGCAGAGAGGAGGGAGCUAAGCAUGGAAAAUUAUGGAAACCUAGACUUUAUGGGAAUAAACAGAGAUAAUGAUACUAAUAACAACGAUAAUCAUAUACUAAGAGUUAAUAAAUCACUCAAGAAAAAGUUAGUAAGUCUAGAAAAAACCCUAGUAAACCAUAAACUAAUCAUAUUGGGUUCGGAUUGUUUCCUUGAUGACCUCAAAAUAUUAGAUGGGAUAAAGAAGCUCUUUGGAAAGAUUGAAAGUUCCUUAAUAGACGACGAAACAAACCAGCCACUAGUCAUAGUUCUUAUUGGAUCAUUUACAUCAAACCCGUUGACACCUACUAAUUCAUCUGUUGCCAACGUAUCUAACACUGAAAAUUAUAAAAGUAAUUUUGAUAACUUGAGUAAUAUUUUAUCGAACUUCCCAAAUAUUGUGCAGAAGGUGAAGAUUGCGUUAAUACCCGGCAUUAAUGACCCAUGGCAAUCGUCCCAUUCAUUGGGAGGGUCAAACCUUAAUGCAUUCCCCCAAAGAUCCAUACCUAAAAUAUUUACAAAUAGGUUAGAAAGAUUAUUGCCAAAGGGUAACUUAAUAGCUGGAUGGAAUCCACUUAGAAUCAACUAUUUAUCCCAGGAAAUAGUAUUAAUGAAAGACGAUAUCAUCAACAAGUUCAAAAGAAAUGAUAUAAUUUUCUCAAACGACUUAGAAUUGGAACAACUAAAGCUACAAAAAGAUAAGAACGAUGAUGGUCUAAUCCAUGCAACAGACAUUAAUACGAAGGAGCCUCACAUAUCUCCAAAAAUCAAGCAGGCAAGAAAGUUGGUGAAAACUAUAUUAGACCAAGGUAACUUACAACCAUUCUUGAAAGACAUCCGUAUCAUUAAUACCAAUUUCGAUUAUUCUUUGAGAAUUGAGCCGUUACCAACCAUAUUGAUAUUAAAUGAUGCAACCUUCCCUACUUUUGAAGUUACAUACAACGGCUGUAAGGUUAUUAACACUGGUAAAUUAGUCGGUAAUAAUAGAAAGCUCUCUUUUGUUGAAUAUUUCCCCAGUGGUAAGAAAUUCGAGUUCAAAGAGGUAUAUUUUUAG